GUGGGAGGAACGAGGCCCUCCUGAUCAGGGAGUUCCUGUAAUUCCUCACAGACUAUGCAGGCAAAUCCCAGAUUAACCUGACAGGGUGGGAAGAGGAUUAGAAGGGCGGUUACAGAAAGCAACAGAGGACACCAGGGGCUUCAGCAAGUGUGUGCUAGGAAGGGACACCCCUCACAACCCAAGGGCAGGGAAGAAGGCUCUGCCCCAGCACAGAAAGGAAAAGGGCAGCAGGAGCCCUGGAAGAUGUGUAUGUCCAGAUAAUCCAGAAAGAGACACCUAAGGAAGACGUGGAGCUCCAGAAGGGCCAGAGUGUACUGGGGUGCGUGUGACCUGUGAGCAGCCAUGGAAGAAACCUACCUGCUGAAUGUGGAAGGGGUCAGAAAGAAGAUUCUGCAUGGAGGCCAAGGGGAACUGCCGAAGUUGCAGGAUGGGAGCAAGUUCACCUUCCACUUCCAGACGCUGAAGGAUGACUUUGAGCGGACGGUGAUCGAUGACAGCCGGGAAGCCGGCAUGCCCAUGGAGAUCAUCGUGGGCAAGAUGUUCAAGCUGGAGAUCUGGGAGACGCUGCUCAGCUCCAUGAGGAUUGGGGAGGUGGCGGAGUUCUGGUGCGACGCCAUUCACACAGGCAUGUACGCCCUGGUGUCCAGGGGCAUGCGGAGGAUCGCGGAGGGCCGGGACCCCCUGGAAGGGCAGAAGCACCGCUGUGGCAUGGGCAACAUGUUUGACUACCACAGCACGGGCUACGAGGACCUGGACGAGCUGCAGCGGACGCCCCAGCCCCUCAUCUUCAUCAUGGAGCUGUUCCGGGUGGAGGACCCCUCAGCGUACAAACGUGACACCUGGGCCAUGAGCAAGGAGGAGAAGCUGGCAGCAGUGCCCGUGCUGCACAGCGAGGGCAACCGGCUGGUGCUGCGCAGGGAGUUCGCGCAGGCGGCCGCCAAGUACCAGGAGGCUGUCAUCUGCCUCAGGAACCUCCAGGCCAAGGAGAAGCCGUGGGAGGAUGGCUGGCUGAAGCUGGAGAGCCUGGUCACGCCGCUGGUGCUCAACUACUGCCAGUGCCAGCUGGAGCUCGGCGAGUACUACGAGGUGCUGGAGCACACCACGGAGCUUCUCCAGAAGCACAAUGGGCUCUUCUCUCCUGGCAGACAAUGCCAAGGCCUAUUUCAAGCGGGCAAAGGCCCACGCUGCUGUCUGGAACGAGAGGGAGGCACGGGAGGACUUCCAGCGCGUGGCUCACCUCGACCCCUCCAUGGCGGCCGCGGUGAAGAAGGAGCUGAAGCAGCUGGGGGAGAGGAUGAGGAAGAAGCACGUGGAGGAUCGGAAGCGCUACCAGGGCCUCUUCCAGUCAUCCCAGGGUGUGAAGGGCCGUGAGAGCAGGGAGGUGGGUGAUGGGGCACCUCAGGGGGCGGCUGGGGUCCGGGAGAGCCCCGGGCAGGGGGAGCAGGGUGCUGAGACCGGAGCCACAGCACAGCCCAGGGCUCCCCAGGCAGAACAAGGGACC